AUGCGCGGUCGCCUUUGUGUGGGUCGAGCGGCGGCGGCGGCGGCGGUGGCGGCAGUGGCGGUCCCACUGGCAGGCGGGCAAGAGGGGAGUCCCGGCGGCGUCCGGCGUGGGGGCCGGGGGACCACCAUGGUAAAGAAGCGGAAAGGCCGUGUCGUAAUCGACUCGGAUACGGAAGACAGCGGCAGCGACGAGAACCUGGAUCAGGAGCUCUUGUCCCUGGCAAAGCGGAAGCGCAGUGACUCUGAGGAGAAGGAGCCUCCUGUGAGUCAGCCUGCAGCCUCGUCAGACUCAGAGACGUCGGACAGUGACGAUGAGUGGACAUUUGGGAGCAAUAAAAAUAAGAAGAAAGGAAAAGCCAGAAAAAUAGAGAAGAAAGGAACCAUGAAGAAGCAAGCCAACAAAACUGCCUCCUCAGGCAGUUCAGACAAAGACAGUUCAGCUGAGAGCUCAGCUCCUGAGGAAGGUGAAGUGUCAGAUUCUGACAGCAACAGCUCCUCUUCGAGUUCCGAUUCAGACUCCUCAUCAGAAGAUGAAGAGUUCCACGAUGGCUAUGGAGAGGAUCUUAUGGGAGACGAGGAAGACAGGGCCCGGCUAGAGCAGAUGACGGAGAAGGAGAGAGAGCAGGAGCUCUUCAACCGCAUAGAGAAGAGGGAGGUGUUGAAAAGAAGGUUUGAAAUUAAGAAAAAACUAAAAACAGCUAAAAAGAAAGAAAAGAAAGAAAAAAAGAAAAAGCAGGAAGAAGAACAAGAGAAGAAAAAGCUGACUCAGAUUCAAGAAUCUCAGGUAACUUCCCACAAUAAAGAGCGGCGUUCCAAACGGGAUGAGAAACUAGAUAAGAAAUCUCAAGCCAUGGAGGAGCUAAAAGCAGAGAGAGAAAAACGGAAGAACAGAACAGCUGAGCUCCUUGCCAAAAAACAGCCAUUGAAAACCAGUGAAGUCUACUCUGAUGAUGAGGAGGAGGAAGAUGAUGACAAGUCCAGUGAGAAAUCAGACCGCUCAUCCCGAACAUCGUCAUCUGACGAAGAAGAAGAGAAAGAAGAAAUCCCUCCAAAAUCACAGCCAGUCUCCUUACCUGAGGAAUUGAAUCGAGUUCGGUUAUCCAGGCAUAAGCUGGAACGCUGGUGUCACAUGCCCUUCUUUGCUAAAACUGUCACAGGCUGUUUUGUGCGGAUUGGCAUUGGAAACCACAAUAGCAAGCCAGUAUACCGGGUGGCUGAGAUCACAGGUGUUGUGGAAACUGCCAAAGUUUACCAGCUGGGUGGUACCAGAACAAACAAAGGGCUGCAGCUACGGCAUGGCAAUGACCAACGAGUGUUCCGCCUGGAGUUUGUGUCAAACCAAGAAUUCACAGAAAGUGAAUUCAUGAAGUGGAAGGAAGCAAUGUUUUCUGCUGGCAUGCAGUUGCCCACUCUAGAUGAAAUCAAUAAAAAGGAAUUAUCUAUAAAAGAUGCUCUCAAUUAUAAAUUCAAUGAUCAGGACAUUGAGGAGAUCGUAAAAGAGAAAGAAAGGUUCAGAAAAGCUCCACCAAACUAUGCCAUGAAGAAGACUCAGCUGCUAAAGGAGAAGGCCAUGGCUGAGGACCUGGGAGAUCAGGACAAAGCUAAACAAAUCCAAGACCAGCUAAAUGAGCUGGAGGAGCGGGCAGAAGCCCUGGACCGCCAGCGAACCAAGAACAUAUCUGCAAUCAGCUACAUCAACCAGCGGAAUCGGGAGUGGAACAUUGUGGAGUCUGAGAAGGCUCUGGUGGCUGAAAGUCACAACAUGAAAAACCAGCAGAUGGAUCCCUUUACUAGGAGGCAGUGCAAACCCACCAUCGUGUCCAAUUCCAGAGACCCAGCUGUUCAGGCUGCCAUUUUGGCCCAGCUAAAUGCAAAAUACGGUUCUGGAGUAUUACCAGAUGCUCCAAAGGAAAUGAGCAAGGGUCAGGGAAAGGAUAAAGAUUUGAAUUCUAAGUCAGCCAGUGACCUCUCAGAAGACUUGUUCAAAGUCCAUGAUUUUGAUGUGAAGAUUGACUUACAGGUUCCAAGCUCAGAGUCCAAAGCUUUGGCCAUCACCUCCAAGGCCCCACCAGCCAAGGACGGAGCUCCAAGGAGAUCUCUGAACUUAGAAGACUACAAGAAACGACGGGGGCUUAUUUGAGCACUCCCAGCCUGCUGCUUCCAACCCUGCAUGCCCAUCAGAGUCCCGCUUUCCUCUUUUCCUCUGAUUUGCCCUCUUUGGGCUGGAGCAGCAGUGGAACUGGGAAGAGACUCUAAACUGCCAGUCAUUGUAAUAUAAACCAUUUGCUGUAUAGACCUCCCUUGUCUGCACCAUCUCCCGCCAGCCCCCAGGUCCCACCCAAGGUGGAUCUGUUCCAUGUCUUUAGAUUUGUGUUUGCCCUCCCCACCCACCUUUGGUUCUGAACUAGCAGUUUGGCCACUCUGCACAUUCAGUAUUCCGGGGAGCUGGGGUUCUUGCCGGACCCCUGGUGGCAACAGUGGCAGCACUUCAGUGUCCUCCAGACUGCCUUGGGCCCGACCUUGACCAUGGCCCCUAACCCUUGCAGAGAGCGGGAACUGACGUCUGCCGAACUCUUUCCUCUCAUCAUCUUUCCCUUCUUCCUGGGUCCAUGGAAGAGGGAUUUUCAAAAAGUUUAGUUUCCAAAAAGUGUACAUUUAUGGGGAGGGAGGGGGUCUAAUUGAGAGAGUGUGUGUGUGGGUGCGUGUAUGUGUAUGUGUGUGGAUUUUUUAUCAUUUUUUAAAAUGCAGUACUCUUUGUAUCAGUCUGUCAUGGGUCUAUAGCUGUUUCAGAUUUUUUUUUGAGCUGUACUUGAGCAUCUGAAACUGCAAGAAAGAAACUGAUUAAAUGUGAUUCUUCUUACUAAACAGGCCUGACUGCUGUAGCUGUGUGACUUCCUCCCCUUUUUCCCAGCACUGCCCCACCCCACCCCACAGGAAACUCCCUUCUAGCCCCCUUGCCCCACAGGCUGUGUCCUGGCAGGUGGGCAGGAAGCUCGUGGCAGGUCCCAGGGAGGGUAGCCAGAGUCUUGCUCAUUGCACAGGUACAGCCUUAUAGCUUCUUGACUGAACGUAGCGUUUCCUGUCCCCUCCCAGUGUGCCUACCUGUCUUCCUAGUUGACUCUGAUGUUUGGCAAGAAUAACAUUUUAUUUUGUUUUUUAAAGAAAUAAUUCAACAUGAAUGUGGAGAGCAAACACAAAAAGAUGUAGGUUUCAAGUGUUACCAGCAUGUGCAGUGGUGCGUGCGUGCGUGCGUGCCCGUGUGGGUCUGUGUGUGCAUAUAUACGUAUGGUGAGCAUAUAUAUAUUGUUGUGCAGCUCGGGUGAAGCCAGCAAAGAGGUGUGUAUGUCGUUAUGAAAUGUCUGAAAAGAGAUAAGCUGACUGCUUGAUAAUCAUUCUCAGGUGUAAAGCUCCAACUGUAAAUAAAAGUGGCAUUUAACAAAUCUUUUCAGAACAAAGUACAGCUGAUGAUAUCCUCCAAGCACUAGGCUAAAGGAACAGCUGAGAGCUGCUGAUUCCACACGACGAUGAGGGCUCUGUACUUCACUGACUCCUGUAUAAGAAGGGAUGAUGGGAAAUCAUGGAAUUAAGUAGUAUUUAAACAAAAAUGGACUUAAUAGUUCUGAUGGUUGAGUAAAGCCUUGGUGUUGCUUUAUCUUAGUUUACAUUUUUACUUUUUUAAAAGCAGCAACAGAUGGUUUUGGAGAAGUAUUGUGACUGUAGAAUCUGGAAGUGUGGCUCUGUGCCAGCCAUUGUAGCUGUGGCACGGAGUUGGGCAAAGGACCGGUAGUGGACUCCUUGCAAUCAUACAUACUUGAAGAGUCCAUCGACUGAAGCGCUUUCUAGACUGUUGUGUAAAUGUGGAGUCACAGACUGUUGAACACCUGCACUCUAACAGAGUCCUGGAGCUGCUGGGACCUCUCCUAUCAUGUCAGACUUGGACUUUUUUCUUCUUGUUUAAAGGACAUAAAAUCAUAGAAUCCAUAUAAUCUGUGGAGUCAUCCUGACCCACGUGUAGAUCUGUAUCUAGUAUCAUUUGGAUUUGGACAAGUGUCAAUGACAUUAUGGCUGUGUAAUAAAAUUUUUAUUAAAACCACCACACACUGUAGCCCCUUUGCCACACCCCACCUGCAGCUGCUGAAACCCUCAUGCCGAGACCAAAGCACAGGGCAGGGAGAAAAGCCCACCAAAGAAGAUCGAAAGGUAGCCUGGCACCUGACCGCCUGUCUGGCGAGUCCAGUCAACAUUCAGCACCUACCUGCAGUCUCAGCUGAGGUGGGACCUCUGAGCCAGGAUCUCAGCCAGUCAUGAGACCUUAGCCUUGUCCCACCAACAGGGCUUCCUGGUGGGUCAGUCUGUCUUAUGCUGGUAACUAGCCUCAGCAGCUUGUCCACCACCCGAGGAGCUCUGCAGUGUUGAAAGGUGGAGCACCCAAGGCAUUCUGGGAAGUGACCCUCAGUAUCCAGAUGCCUAGAUCAAGCUGUCUGUAGAUCUGGUGUCUGAUUUCUGACAGGGGCAGAGAAAGUCGGUUUUUGUUAUUUUUCUGUGAAGUCCUGACUUGUCACUCAAACUGUAAAGAUAUUUGUAAAUAAACUUGAUGGCAUUUUAA